AUGCUAUUUCGAGCAGAUAGACCUUCUGUUCGACAGAUCACCACAUCUCAAGUGCUCAGUCUAAACAUUACAAACCUUAUCAUAAUUUUCCUCAUAAAGCUCUUCCUUCUUGGUAUCGGAGUUAUUGGUUUCGGGGGCUUGGGAACUGGUUUGGCUGCGGGAGUAGGAGGAGCUGGUCUUUCACAGUUUGGUUUCGGAGGAGGGCUCGGAGCUCGAAAAUUGGAUGAAUUGGGAUUGAAUCUUACCAAGUUACCCUCAUCAACAGAAGAUCUAGAAUGGAUGACGACGUACUUGAAGUCAGUAAAUACUGACCAGUACAGCUGUUUAAACCGGCUAGCUUGUGAUCACCCUUCCACUGCCCGUGCGUAUAUUGCUGGUGGAAAGAUGGCAAUGAAGUUCCUAAGAAACAUCAAAUGGCUGUUUUCUGUGGAGAGUGCCAAGUACGAAAAAUUGCUGCAUUCCCUACAAGAAGCUAUGGCAGUUGGAGAAACAUCAAAAGACACUUGUUUUAUUAAAUACGCUUGCAAACGUUCGGGAAACAAAAGAAGAAAGUGA